AUGGCGUCAAAGACGGAUAAGGACACUCCAGCGGCGCAGGACCCAUUGAAGGAGGAUCCCAGCGUCAUCGUGGACAAGGCUGAAUUCCCGGAGCCGUCUCUAUACUUCAAGGUUUUUGAAUCAGAGGAAGACGAGCCGGACUCUAAAAUCCGUUCAGAUGUCAACAAGCUUUACGAGCGCUGGAUUGAAAAGUACGGUCGCCGCUGGCCAGAGGAUGGCAUCAACACGGAGGAUCUGGUCUGGCUUGCGGAGGAGGCCAAGAAGCCCAAACGCGGGCCGCCGGCGCCGCGAGGCACGCCGGUCGAGAAAUCCGAGUAUACCGAUGAGUUCAUGCCCUUCUCCGACGACGGCGAAUCCCCCGCCGCACCAGCUGACGGCGCUUCUGGUACCAGCCGUAGGAAAUCCUCUACCGCAGCUGCCGCAGUCGGCGAUUCCGGCGGAGCCAAGCCUGCUGCAGCAGCUGCUUCAGGCGCCCCUCGCAAGCCUCGCACCAACUACGAAAAGACCGUCGCGGGCGGCAAAUGGGUCACCGACGAAUUUGAAUCCGCCGACUAUGAGGCCGGGAACCUGGAAAAGCUCUGGAACAUGUACCUUUGGGAUCGCGAGGGCAAACCCACGAUGAUGCCGGACGGCCCGCCAGCUCAGCAGGAGGGUGAGGAGAGCGAGGACUGGGACGAUUUUUACACGGCGUACCGCCCCCGCGAUAUUGACACGGAGGAAGCCCGGGAGGCGGUUUGGGCCACCGACGAGUUCGAAUCCGAUGAGGACAACACCGAGAGCGAGUGGGCACCUGAGUAUGUGGGGGCGGGUUUGGGGCUGAAGGCCGAGGACCCGCUCAAUCCGCAGUACUCUCUACGGCACAGCAACCACCCGCUGGCGCCCUUCCCUGGAGAGCCGCUCAAGUGGGCGUCGUACGUGUACCCGGACUUUACCACGUACGAGGGCCUCACUAAGCAGUCUAUCCCCCACGGCAUGGGCGUCAUGACAUUCGGUACGGGCACCGGCGCAGGACUCCCCAUGAACCUGACCAGAUAUGGAGACAAGUAUGAGGGUGAAUUCCAGGCGGGUUACGCCCACGGCCUGGGGCAGUUCACCUCGGAGCCGUACUUCUAUCUGUUGGAGAGGGGGAUCGAACCCGUGGAGGCGUACCGCCGUACGGCAGAAUCCAUCAUGCGUGACGUGGAAGUUCGUACUUGGUACCGGGGCACCAAAUUAGGAGAUGCCAAGGAGGACGAGGUGGUUGAGAUUAACGUCCUGCGGGACGAGCUGGACCAUCCGUUCGACAUCGCGGCUCGCAACUCCCUGCACGACGCCAAACUCCGGCGCUGGAAGGAAAUGACGCCGCGCGAAAAGGCUCUUGAUCGGUUGGUCGCCAUUAUCGACCGGGUUCAGUCCCGUAACCCAGGGCGGUUCGGGUCGUACUACUACGAGGAUGACAAGGGGCGCAUCAAGGCCGCGCUGGGGGAGUUUGGAACCGAUACCGACUACGACAGCAUGGACAUGCUCCAGGGUGUGGACACAGACGGCGAUCUGGGUCUGGGUUGGAACGACGCGACGGACAGCUCCGAAACCCCCCUGGAGCCGCGAACCCGAGAGCUCAUGAUCCAAGAGUCCCGGGACGACAAAUUGGAGGACGAGGCCUUCAAGGACAGCGUCCUGGGUAACGCCAUAAUCAACCCCUUCACAGGUCUCGAUCUGAAGACCUACCUGGACGGCAAGGAGCGGCACCACAACGACCUGGUGGCCACGUACCGCAACUCCAGGGAGGGGAGGAGGUUCAUGCGUAAGGCCCGGCAAGAGGCAGGGCUGCCGGACGAUGAUCUGUCCAGUUAUGUCGAGGAAGUGCCCCCGAGCCCCGGGGUGAUGAACCCCUGGGGGGGUGAGGAGAGUGAGGACGAGCGGUUGGCACGGUUGUACGACAAGGCGGGAGUCAGCAAGGGGCAGGUACAGCGGGCGGAGACGCUGCUACAGAGGUGGCAGCAGCUGCUGGCUGAGGACGAAGACAUACUCUCGUCCGCAGGGCCGUACAGGCGCCCCGAAACCAACCCCCUAGCCCCGGACGACACGGACACUGGCUUUGAGACGGACAGCGACAUGAUGGAGAUGUGCGAUAUUCCAGAGAUACUUGGCACGGUUCAGGAGGCUCGCCAGAUUGUGGAGCGGGCCCGCAUGUGGCGGUUCAAGCCGUAUGGCGAGGUGACGAUUCGAAUGGCGCAGGAUGCCAACGGCUCACCCGUCAAUCUGAUGCAGGACCCUCUUCACUACCCGCACGGUACCAAGUUCAUGGCCCCCGGUCCACUGGGUCUGGUGCACCCGGUUCCGGAGGACCCUGCACUGCGGGCGGAGAUGUCCAAGGUGGCGCACAACUACGCGGCGGUGUACCGCAUGUACAACUUCGACUGGGAUCCGGAACCAGGAACCGUUCAGUACAAGAUCGACCAGCGCAUUCGCCGGGCUCAAGAGCUGCGCGACAACGCGUUGGCUCGCUAUCUGGAGGCGGCGGAUCAGGUGUUGGACGGCGCCGGUGAGGAGGAGGAGGCGGCGGCGCAGGGCGAGGGCGACCAGCAGCUGCUCGUGGCCGCCACCGCAGCCGCAGCGCACGGGCCCCACGGCACAUCCACCACCCGCGGUGGCGCCCCUGUCCGCGGCUCAUCCAUAUUCGCUUCUAUGUCUAUAGCGGGACCGACCCUUGGGUCGGUGCGCCUGGGCCACGCGGCACGUGUCGUACUGGGGGCCUUUGCCCAGGCCGCCAAGCAGGCGGUGGUCAUUCUCGGUGAUCGUGUCGUGGUGAUUGUGGUGGAGUCGCGAAAACCUUUCGGGAUAUUCCUGAAGGACUCUUGUUCUCAGUGCUUCUACUGCUGCUUGGGGACUGUCUGCGCUUUGCUCUUGGUUGGCAGUUGGUGGGGGGUUGCGGCCGUUGGUCUUGAUGCGCACUUGGACGAGAUCAAGUGUGUGUGAUGUAAGAUCUAUGGGUAGCUGCCGGUGGAAAGCGGUAGUGACUUGCAGCAGACAUAUAAUUGUCUGGGUACCCAUAUAUGGGUAAAGGGCUGGGUGGCUGCAACACCGCCAAAGUAUAUCGGAAAGCUGCGGACUCAUUUUUGGGUAGCUAUCUACUUGGAUGAUGACGGCGCCUAGGGGAGAUUUGGGCGGGAUGUAGGGGUAUAUGGUCUAGGGGGGGUUGGGCAACGGGUUCUGCUGUUGAAGUGAGCUUCCCGCA